CGCAGGCGCCAUUACAAAUUCACAACAGAACAUGCUUUUGGUUUUGAUAGUUUUGGGGAUUUUGCUGUUUGCAGAUUUCAAAAAAGGAGCGUCUUUAUCCUUAAAAUAUUGUUAACGUAUGACUCUUUUGAUCGUUUACUGCUUGUUGAUAUCUGAUGGAAAAGAUCCGUUUUUCGUAUGAUCGUAUCAGACGUGUGCGGAUGGUGAGAUGGGAUCGUAAUGAGUCUGCUAACUUUGCCUAUUUUCUGGAACAAGCAACAUCGUUUAUAUUAUGUGGUUUUGACUAUUUUUCAUUGGUGGUGACUGUUAACUCACUUAACUGCAUGGAGAUGUCCAAAGAAAAUGCCACGUUUACCACUGGAAAUGGCAGGCACUGGUCGAUUGGUCCCGUUGGAUUGGCCAAGGCUCGCGAAAUUAGUGCAUCCGUUGACCAGGCGCUCGCAUAUGAGCCCGAAUGGAAUAAUCUGGCUGCACAGGAUCUUCACAUUGGAGAUGCAAACGUUUCCUCUUCCGCUGGCAGUCCUAUUCCAGAGAUUUACAGUAUUCUGCCACCGGUGCCGCAGAAAUCCGCGACGAAGCGCCCGUACGAAUCCAGUGAAUUGCCUUCUCCGGUAAAGAGAUUCAACGCAACUCCUGAGAGCAAGAUUAUUCUUCCACUUCCAAUAGUGCCGCAUAAUAGCGCCUUUAAGUCACCGCUUGUACAAAAGGCUAAUGCAGCUGCUUUUAACGGAAAGUCUGUUGUUUCUCCGGGAAUGAGCGCCUCCAAAGCGCCUCUUUCUGCUAAAAAUCCCGCAGUUCCUCCGCCUAAGCAAAUUAUUAGCCCGAAAUCUGCGAAUUUCGAGACUCCUACGAGAACGCAGAAUGGCUUUUGCUCAUUAGCGACGCUUAUGGCGGGCUCCAAAGGGAUUGUAUCAAAAUCGCCCAAUUUAGUGUUGACUGCAUCGGAACUCCAGGAUAUUGCGGAGUUAUCGCGGACAGAUUGGAGUGACAUGUUCAGUGAGGAAUUGACAGAAAGUCCGAUCUCCAUUUCGAGCAAAAGUGUUUCCACAAAGUUUCUUUUAACCGAUGCGGAACGACGCGAAGUGGAAGAAUGGGGAAAGAUAAAUUUUGAUGAAGACUUCUGAUUUUAAUCACUUACUUGUUCUUUUUUUGUUGAGUCACCUUUUUUAUUUAGAAUAAUUACAUCUUAAUUACAUUACUUACUGCGUAAAUAAUCGUGAA